GGUGGACACGUGGUGUGCUGCAGACCUACUUUAGCUCACAAUCUUGCCACCUCUCCUUGCUACCAUCAUCUUCAUCCCCCUCGUCCCUUCCCCACACUUACCCAGGUACGAUCUCCCCCUUCUAUCUCCUACCCCGCUAACGUCCCCAGACCAGCAAAGAAUGGGUGAUAUGCCGACUUCAAGCAAGACCUAUACCAUCCCCCAGGAGAUGCAGGCUCUGUACUACUCCAAGCCACAGGUGUUUGAUGUUCGCACCGUCAGCGUCCCCCAGUGCGGCGACGACGAGGUCAUGAUCAAGGUGGGCGCGUGCGGUGUAUGCGGCACGGACCAGCAUAUACACAAUGGAGAGUUCAUCUCCAAGUUCCCUCUCAUCCCGGGACACGAAGUCGUAGGCGAGAUCGUCCAGGUGGGGAAGAACGUCCACGACUUUAAGCCAGGAAUGCGUGCGGUUGCAGACGUCGGUGUCACGUGCGGGAAAUGUUUCUAUUGCCGUAGGGGGCAGGAACUGCUCUGCGAGAACUUUGCCAGCAAGGGCGUUACGACCGAUGGCGGGUUCGCCGAGUAUGUAUGCUAUGACCAAAGCAAGGUGUACCAGAUCCACAACCUGACGGAUAUCGAGGCUACUCUCCUCGAGCCAGCGGCAUGUGCCCUCCACGGACUGGAUAAGAUCCGCCCUCCCGUCGGGUCCGAAGUACUGCUGAUGGGUGCCGGGCCUACAGGGCUCAUCCUCUCCCAGCUGUUGAAGCAAAAUGGCGCCGUCAAAGUCGUCCUCGCCGCUAACAAGGGGAUGAAGAUGGACAUCGCGAAGCAAAUCAACGCUGCAGACGUGUAUAUCGAGCUUGACCGGAAGGAACCGGAGGCGCAGUGGGAACAGCUGAAGAAAGACCAUCCCUACGGGUUCGAUAUUGUUGUCGAAGCCACUGGUGUAGAGAAACUUGCAAACGACGCGAUCAACUACGUCCGCCGAGGGGGGACGUUGAUGAUCUACGGCGUGUACGAGAACUCGGCGCUCGUCCACUGGCCCCCUGGCAAGAUCUUCGGAGACGAGAUAACCAUCGUCGGCUCCUUUUCCCAGACGUACUGUUUCCCCCGGGCGUUGGCGUACCUUGACUCCGGGAAGGUGAACGUCAAGGGCAUGGUAACGGACGUGUAUACGAUCGCGCAGUACCAGGAUGCGCUGGAUAAGAUGGCCUCGCGUCAGUGUUUGAAGAUUGCGAUCAAGCCGACCCAUUUGGCCUAGGGUUUGCAGCACGACGCCUUGGGUUGAAGCGGAAUGGUGAAAGGUGGGAUGAGACUUGCGACAAUGGUUGUGACUUUGACAUGUAUCCUUAGAAGGCAUGGUGUUUCAUUACGUAACAAUGCAUG